AUGGAGAAUGAUUUGAUUUCCCAUGUGAACGCACAGUAUGACUGCAUGAAGAGUCGAUUCAGCUGCUCCACUGUCAUCCCAAUGACUGGACUACCAGGACAAGCUUUCGGAGGUCAUUUGGGGUCAGAUCUCGCCAAUAUCCAAUCACCGCCAACAGCGACGAAAUCUUUCAAUACGCUAGCGCGCGAGCAACACGGCACAGGGUCUUAG